AUGUCCAGAGUGGAGGUUUUAAGCGACACAAACCCUCGCUCCCUGCUGAGGGAGCUGCGGACCGAUAUUGCUAUGGCUGUGGAUGAUGCUUUUCCACUCGUCUACGGUUUGGUGGACAAAAAUAUCAUCACUGACCAACUGCUGAAGGACACUCUGGAGAAGGAAGGCAGAGAAGGGAUCCAUAAGGCCAUGUACUCCCUCCUGUCCUGGAUCCUGGAGCAGAGCAGAUCCGCCAUCCAGGCUUUCUGGAGCAACUUGUCCAAAGACUACAACCUGGACAGCUACCCCAAACUGCAGACGCUGCUCACUAACCUGCCCUCACGAGGGGAUACUGCCAGUUCCAGGGGUGAAAAGAGAUCCUCCGGAGACCACAAAACACCUCAUGUCAAGAAGAAGCGCCACGAGGACAGAAAGACAGUCUCACAUGAUUUGCAUCCACAGUAUCAUGCCAAGACAAGCGACGGAUCAGGGGGUAAAGUGAAGCUGUACAGAGUGAAAAAUGGAUCUGCGGCCCCACAGCUAACAUCUGGAAACGGUGUUCAGGUGUUGUCUUCAAUCCAGAGACCUGUCACUUGGUCUUCCUCCUCCUCUUCCUCCUUAACUGAACUGCCAAUCAGCCACGAAGCCACAGAAAAGGUCCACAUCAAACAGAUGUUUGGCCCAGAUGAAAUUGCUGGAAAGUGCACAAAAGUCAGCAGUGAGUUUUGCUCCCCGGGUCAGUCAGAGGAGAUAAAUGGAGCAGCCAAGUCGAAAACUGUUGAGAACAAGUUUCACCACAGGGGGGAGACAACCACAGGCAUGGUUCAAUAUAAUGAUGAUGAGUGUGCAGCGUGUAAGGACGGAGGGGAGCUGAUUUGUUGCGAUGGCUGUCCUCGAGCCUUUCAUCUGAACUGCGUGGACCCUCCGCUCACAUCCAUACCAAGUGGCACUUGGCAGUGUGAAUGGUGCUGUGGCAACAGAGUGAAAAGAGAGAGCGCUCAACUACCUUUACAGCCACUUGUUGCCCCGCCGCAGAAAACCAACACCAGCUCCAGUAACUCCAUCAUAGACGUGUCCUUCUUCUCCUCGCUGUCUUCCUCCUCUCUCACCAGCGUCACAGCUUCUAUAAACGAGCUCAAUGGUAGAAAUCAGAUCUCAGGUGGAGAGCUGCUCAGUGUGAGGGAAGUGUGUGGUGUUUGUCACCUGGGAGGGGGAGACCUGACUCCCUGCCUCCAGUGUUUGCAGCGCUUCCACGUGCACUGCCACUUCUCCAAAGGCAGAGCCAUCUGCUCGUCCUGCUCCAGGCCCUGGAGGAGCUCUGCAGAGAAGGAGGCUGAGUCAUCCCGAGGCUUACAGCUCGCUCCUGUGGUUCAAAACACAGUCGUCCAUGAUCAGAGCUCCUCCGUCCCCGAGCCCGUCCUCCAUAAAGAUGAACUGGACUCCAUCCUGGGAGACGUGAGUGUGCAGGGCUCCAUUGACGGCAUCUUGCAGUGGGCUUUCCACAACAUCUCUCGGCCUCUUCCAGACUCUCAGGGAUGCUACCAGUGA